CAAGCCUCAGUGCAGUUACUGGCGCCAGCCGUUCCCGUGCUUGUCCAUGUCCAUCCAAUCCAACUCAUGCACUUGAUCACUCCUACGCAAGUGCAGAGGCUGGGAAUUGUACUUCCAAUGCUAAAAAAAAAUGCUCUUGAUCACUCAUUUGUCGACAAAGAUUUAUCUUUGGGACUGGGAGUGAGUACCGAGAGGCUGAGUCGCUGAGAUCACUCCUGACGGCCGCUGCAAUCACACGGGUUUGCGUAUAAAUAGUUCAGUCGCCCCAUCUUGUAGCUUGUGCAUAUAUAGUGUUGUAGCCUCGCUCCCUCCGCCUUGAGCGAGCGAGCAUGGAGGUCUCAGCCAUGGAGGAUGCCUUCCCCAAGGCGACGGCGAGGAGGAAGGGAGGCCUCAGAACUAUCCCCUUCAUCAUCUCGAACGAGAUCUUCGAGAAGGUGGCCACGUUCGGGCUGACGGCCAACAUGAUCCUGUACCUCAUCGAGCGGUACCUCAUGUCCAGCGCUGUCGCCACCGAGGUCCUCUACUUCUGGAACGCCAUCUCCAACUUCCUGCCCAUCUUCGGCGGCGUCCUCGCCGACGUCCGCCUCGGCCGGUUCCGCGUCAUCGCCCUCGGCUCCUGCGUCAGCCUCUGCGGGAUGUGCCUGCUGUGCCUGACGGCGAUCCUCCCGGUGUACAAGAAGACCCCGGAGUGCGCGGCGGGAAGCGGCUGCGUGGUGCUGCCGUGGCAGCUGCCGCUGCUGUUCACGUCGUUCGCGCUCAUGUCGCUCGGGUCGGGCGGCAUCCGGCCCUGCACGCUGGCGUUCGGGGCCGACCAGCUGGACAAGCGUGACAACAGCGCCAAGAACGUGAGGACGCUGCAGACCUUCUUCAACUGGUACUACACGGUGCUGGGCCUCUCCAUCGUGUUCGCGGCCACCGUCAUCGUGUACAUCCAGCAGGCCAGGGGCUGGGUCGUCGGCUUCGCCGUGCCCGUCGUGCUCAUGGUCACCGCGCUCACGCUCUUCCUCCUCGGCUCGCCCUUCUACGUCAAGGAGGCGGCCGACAGGAGCGUCAUCAUCGGCUUCGUGCAGGUGCUCGUCGCCAGCUACAAGAACCGCCGCGAGCCCUUGCCGCCGGAGACCGCCGACUCCUCGAGCUUCUACAACAAAGCAGGAUGCAAGCCCAGGACUCCCACGAACAAGCUAAGGUACUUGAACCGGGCCUGCGUGCUUCGGAACCCGGGCAAGGUGGACGGGGCGGCGUGCGACCCGUGGCGGCUGUGCACGGUGCAGCAGGUGGAGGACGCCAAGGCCGUCAUCCGCGUGCUCCCGAUAUGGUCGACGGGGAUCAUGCCCGGCGUCGUCGUCGGGCAGCAGAUGUUCCCGACGCUGCAAGCGAAGACGAUGGAGCGGAGGGUGGGCAAGCUGGACAUCCCCGCGGCCUCCUUCGGCGUCUUCGCCAUCCUGACGCUCACCGUCUGGGUGGCCGUGUACGACCGCGUGCUGGUGCGGCCCCUGUCCCGGCUCACCGGCCACGCGCGCGGGCUCAGCCUGCGGCAGCGGAUGGGCGCCGGCCUGGCGCUCUUCGCCGUGGCCAUGGCCGUGGCCGCGCACACCGAGAGCGUCCGCCGAGCCGCCGCGAUCGCCCAGGGGCUCCUCGACCGCGGCAAAGAGAAAGAGGAGCCGGUGGUGCACAUGUCGGCCAUGAAGCUGGUGCCGCAGCACUGCCUGACGGGGCUCGCCGAGGGCCUGAACCUGAUCGGGCAGAUCGAGUUCUACUACUCGGAGUUCCCCAAGACCAUGUCCAGCAUCGGGGUGUCGCUGCUCGCGCUCGGCCUCGGGUUCGGCGCCGUGCUGGGAAGCGCCAUCGUCGGGGUCAUCCACGCGGGGACCGCCUGGCUGCCGAGCAACCUGAACGAGGGGCACUACGACCGCUACUACUUGGUCCUGGCGGUGCUGUGCGCAGCCAACGUGGUGUACUUCGUGGUGUGUGGCUGGGCGUACGGCGAGGAGGGGAAGAACCGGGUGGUGGCCGCCGACGCCGCCGCGGCGGAGGACGACCAGGAGGAGGAGGAGGAGCACAAAGCGGGCAUCAUUUAGGCUUUAGGCCACGGUGGACUUUGAGCAGAGCACCCAGGAAAAGUAUGGCGUUGAUCCGAGAUGGUCUCUUUGCUCUAGUGUGAAUCUAGGUCGUACCUCGUAUAUAUGCUGCUAACUUAUAUUUAUAUGGUGACAUCUCAAGAGAAAGUAAUCUUGAAAUGUUGAAAAUGGACAGUAUGUAAGUACUGUUGUGAAUUGUGAUGCGAGUCUAGAAUGUCGCAUGCAUUUUACGUGCAUUCUUCCUUCGGAAUUCAGAGAUGGAGAGAACUCCAGUGAUUGGUCG